CUCCGUCCGCCACAACGCCAGUCAGGAUCACCAUGUACCGUAACCUCCUAGCACAUCUCUCAAGGCCUACGACCUCCCUGCCUUUCGAGACCGUUCAGGCUGCUCUUGCUCACCAUCUUGCUCAUCUUUCACCACUGCCGGCACCGUUGGCCGCAACUGCUGUCUCGUCACCGCUCUUUCUGUCGCAUCCGCUCACCCUUGCCAAGCUCGACGCGCUCUCGACGGCUUUCCGACAUGCACUGCAUAUCAAAUUUGACCUGCUUAAACGCGAUGCCGAACAAAGGUCCGCCGUCUUUUCGCGAGCCGUGAGAACCCGUCUCGCUUUGUGGGUCGAUGCUCUUAUUAAAGGCCUGCAAGGUGGGCAACCCAUCAUGAGGCUCGCUUGUUCAACGGGUGUAAUAUUGGGGAUAAAUGAUGUAAAACUUGCAUGCCAGGGACUUGUCGAGAAUGAAGUCGUGUUGUCAUUAGCCGAGGUUAUGGACCUUUUCAAGCAUGACACGUUCUCCCUUCCCUCACCGAGCGGUGCCGGGGAAUGGGAGAAGGAAUUUCAGCCCCAGGGAGAUCUAGACCUGUUAUCUAUCGCAUUGAUACUUUCUUCGCGCUCCCUGCCUCUAAUCUCGGAAGAGAAGCUUAAAGCUCUUCCUUUGGAAAUACUGUUGCAGCUGUUGACGUCGACAAUAUCGAGCGCUUUCCUUGCUGGAAAGUUCCUCUCCUCGCCACUGCCCGAAUCUCCAUUAAUGGCCUCCAUCGCACCACUCUCAAAAUUAUCGAGUCUUGCCCAUUCCCUCCUUUUGGACUCGCGGCCGAAGGAUGGUCUAAUGACCGCACAAGCCACACUCAUGACACUGCGUGAACUUUGUGCCCACGUUGAAGCGGAUUACCGUACAUGUAAACAGGAACCCGAAUCCAUAGCAUCGGCCUGGUCGACGCUGAAAACUCUCCUUUUCUCAACAAUUAUGAUCGCUGAAUCUGUUCUUUCUUCUAUCAUAUAUGUGCCUCCAACUUUGACGACGACUACCAUUGCCCUGACAUCCCUGUUCGCGCUCUCCCACCUAGCAUUCGUGAUACAACGAUUUGGUGGUAUCACUGCCUCUGGAAAUGGAUUCAAGGAGUUGAAACAGACUGUCUAUCUGGCGUUGGAUAUCAUCGCCAGCCAAGGCGAUGGAGAGGGAGAGAGGUUUGUAUACGAGCUACGAGACCGGAAUACUAAGUCCCAGGAUACAGAAGAGUUUGUCCUUGCGAAGAAGGCCUUUGUGCUGGCAUGUGUCGAGCAGUUGAUUCCAGUGCUCAGCCCAGAGUGUAUAGAGCGGGACGUAUGGUCACUCUGCGAGCCUCACCUCUCCGCACCAAGCCAUCGAGAAACUUACGAGUCGGCGCAUUCAGUCGUGCUCGCUAUGUUGAGCAACAAUAAGAACGUUGUCGAACGUAUGGUGCCAUUCUACACAGAGUGUCUAAUUGACAAUUCAGGCGAUGGCGGCCUAGACACGCACCAAUUGUGUUUGGCCUUCUCGACACUCGUCCGGUGCGCGUGUGAGAGUGGGGAUUCUGCGCUGGGAUGGUUCCCGGUUGAUUCUCUUAUCCGUGAGAUCGAGGGGACUCGGACAGAUGAGAAAAAGGGCAAGAGGCUGAGACUCGGGUUGAUAUCGUGCGUGUCCGCUGUCCGAGGCGUGCCGAUGCUUGAGAGAAUUUUGGUGGAGGUUAGACGCGUUUUAGGUGGGAGCAAGGGAAAGAGCACCGGGCCACCUGUGAGUGCCAGUGACCGCAUGGAGGAGGUUGAAAGGCUGGCAGAGGAGAUUGUUCAUCGUGUGGGAGGUGUCGAUGGUGAGAAGGAGUUUGUCAUCCGGUGGUGGAGUGAGCAUAGGGCAACUUUGGCCGGAGAUAGGGAAGAUACCGAGUCGGCUCGGUUGUGACUUUUCUGUAUUUGUGAUCAUCAACAUUUGAAGAAGGGUAUGAUAUUUCUGGUUGCUGUUCUGUCGGCUCUCGGACCUACACGUGUUUGAUUCCAGCUGCAGCUGUCCACGUUCCCACUUGAGGUAUUCUUUACCAUGUUGUCGU